GCAGGCACCCGGCACACGCCCGCCCUGCCGCCACAAUGCCCAAGAGGAAGCUCAGAUCCGCCGAGGGGGCGGCGAAGGAGGAGCCCAAGAGGAGAUCGGCGAGGUUGUCGGCUAAACCGGCUCCCGCAAAAGUGGAGACGAAGCCAAAAAAGGUGGCGGGAAAGGAUAAAUCAUCAGACAAAAAGGUGCAAACAAAAGGGAAAAGGGGAGCAAAGGGAAAACAGGCCGAAGUGGCUAACCAAGAGACUAAAGAAGACUUACCUGCAGAAAACGGAGAAACUAAAAACGAGGAGAGCCCAGCCUCUGAUGAAGCAGGAGAGAAAGAAGCCAAGUUGGAUUAA